AAAACUGAACAAUUGUCCACAAAACAUAUUACGUCUCUUGCCAAACUGAAUGCAUCAAAUUCGAGUACUUCUACAAGUCGAUCGUUUGAUUCCUCAUCCAUGCUUGGAUUAGACGUUAAUGGCAGUAUCAUUACAUUUGAGAUCGAUACAGGAUCAUCUCAUACGCUUAUUAGUAAAUCCGAUUGGCUUCGCAUCCAUUCACCUGUUCUUUCUCCUUCAACGUUACGCUUGAAAUGCUACAGUGAUACGUAUCUUCCCAUGUAA